GCACGUGUGGGGGAAAGCGUCCAUGGAAUGUUGGGGUGCACGUUCCAGGCUGGCCUGGAACCGGACCGGGACGAGGAGCUUUUCCCUCCCGGAGCCUUGGAAAUCCCAGUUCAGCUGCUGGGACGGGUGAGUGGCUUUGUUGGGUGUUUGAAGAGGAGCUGCCUGGUGGAUUUUGGAGCUGAUGAUGAUGCCCCAGCACGCUCAGGGAAGGCUUCCCAGCGUCUCCAGAGUGUGGGAAUCAUCCCGAAGGAUAUUUCCUCCCUCUGCCCUGCCAGUUUGCUGCUGUAGGGCCUUCAAAAGGAGAGGGAAAGCUGGGAAAAGCCCAACUCCCUCGAUGCUGGCGCGGAUGAAUCACGAGAUGUUGCAAUCCCUUCUCCUUCUCCUCCGCGGUUCCCUGAAAGAGCAGAAAGAGCAGAGAAGAGGAAAUGCUUUGGCUUUUGCAGAUUCUGCCAGUGUUACAAGCACUCCAAGGAAGUAUUCCUGCUUUUUUUGCCCUGUUUUCCCUCUGGGCCUGUCCCUGCUGCACCUGGCUCACAGAUUUGGGGUGUGGGGUCGGUGCCCACCCUGAGCGUGGCACCAACAAAUGAGUUGGUGUUUUGUGCCCAGCUGGGCGGGUGUUGUCCCUCUGGAAUUCUGCACUUCUUUUCCUCGGCGGGGCGAGCAGAGGCAGAAAUGAAAGCAGUGCCCGGCUUCCUGGAGUGAGUGGGAGGCGCUUUGGAGGAAAAACUCCCCGAGUUGUGCCUUCCCUGGCUGCUGCCGGGCCGGGGAGCCCCGCUCAGCCCGGAGCGGAUCAGAGGUGGCAACUGACCCAAAAAAAGGGAGUUUGGAUCCUUAAAGAGACACGGAUGCAGAGCCUGCAGCCGGACCCCAAAGCCCAGUACAGGAGCGUGUACGAAGCUCUCAAGAAGAUGGUGCUGACCGAGGGCUUCUGGAGGCCUUUACGAGGGAUUAAUGUCACCAUGCUGGGGGCUGGCCCUGCCCACGCCUUGUACUUCGCCUGCUACGAGAAAAUGAAAAAGUCUCUCAGUGACAUUUUCCAGCCAGGAGGAAACAGCCACUUGGCCAAUGGCAUCGCGGGGAGCGCGGCCACGCUGCUGCACGACGCCGUGAUGAAUCCUGCCGAAGGCCAUCCACUUCAUCACCUACGAGCUGGUGCAGGAGCACCUGAACCCCCACCGCCACUACCACCCCCAGUCCCACAUCGUGGCCGGCGCCCUGGCCGGGGCCGUGGCCGCCGCCGCCACCACGCCGCUGGACGUGUGCAAGACGCUGCUCAACACGCAGGAGAACACGGCCCUGAGCUCCCUCAAGAUCAAGGGGCACCUGUCGGGCAUGGCCAACGCCUUCAGCACCGUCUACCAGCUGGGAGGGGUGCCCGGCUUCUUCAAGGGCGUCCAAGCUCGGGUCAUUUACCAGAUGCCCUCCACGGCCAUCGCCUGGUCCGUGUACGAGUUCUUCAAGUACUUCCUCACCAAGCAGGCGCUGGAGAAGAAAUCCUCCUCGUGAGAGAGGAGCAGGAACCGCCCUGGGCCUGCUCCCAGCCAGCCCGGCUGGAAUUGUGCGGGAUUCACGGCUCCAAAUCUCCCUGCCUGUGCUUCCCGGGGCGCUCGGUCACCGAGUGUCCCCAGGGCUUCCUGGUCACUGAGUGUCCCUGUCACCGAGUGUCCCCAGGGCUUCCUGGUCAGUCACCGAGUGUCCCCAGGGCUUCCUGGUCACCGAGUGUCCCCAGGGGUUCCUGGUCACCGAGUGUCCUCAGGGGUUCCCUGUCACUGAGUGUCCUGGUCACCGAGUGUCCCCCAGGGGUUCCUGUGGUGCUUGGUCACUGUCCCUGGGGGUUCCUGGUCAUUCAGUGUCCCUGUCACUGAGUGUCCCCAGGGGUUCCCAUGGUGUCCCUGGGGAUUCCUGGUCACUGAGUGUCCCCAGGGGUUCCUGUGGUGCUUGGUCACUGUCCCUGGGGGUUCCUGGUCACUGAGUGUCCCCAGGGGUUCCUGGUCACUCGGUGUCCCCAGGGAUUCCCAUGGUGUCCCUGGGGAUUCCUGGUCACUCAGUGUCCCCAGGGAUUCCUGGUCACUGAGUGUCCCCAGGGGUUCCUGGUCACUGAGUGUCCCUGUCACCGAGUGUCCCCAGGGGUACCUGGUCACUGGGUGUCCCCAGGGGUACCUGUGGUGCUUGGUCACUGUCCCUGGGGAUUCCUGGUCAUUCAGUGUCCCCAGGAUUUCCUGGUCACUUGAUGUCCCCAGGGAUUCCCAUGAUGUCCCUGGGGAUUCCCAUGAUGUCCCUGGGGAUUCCCAUGGUGUCCCUGGGGAUUCCUGGUCACUGAGUGUCCCCAGGGAUUCCUGGUCACCAAGUAUCCCUGUCACUGAGUGUCCCCAGGGGUUCCCUUCACUGAGUGUCCCCAGGAAUUCCUGGUCACUCGGUGUCCCCAGGGAUUCCCAUGGUGUCCCCCAGGAAUUCCUGGUCACUUGAUGUCCCCAGGGGUUCCCAUGGUGUCCCUGGGGAUUCCUGGUCACUGAGUGUCCCCAGGGAUUCCCUGUCACUGAGUGUCCCCAGGGAUUCCUUUUGUGCUUGGUCACUGUCCCUGGGGAUUCCCUGUCAGCCGAGUGUCCCCAGGGAUUGCCACAGUGUCCCUGGGGAUUCCUGGUCACUGAGUGUCCCUGGGGAUUCCCAUGGUGUCCCCAGGGAUUCCCAUGGUGUCCCUGGGGAUUCCUGGUCACCGAGUGUCCCCAGGGAUUCUGGGGAUUGCCUGUCACUGAUUGUCCCCAGGGAUUCCAGGGGUUCCUGGUCACUGGGUGUCCCUGUAACCAAGUGUCCCCGGGGAUUCCCUGUCAGCAAGUGUCCCCAGGGGUUCCCACGGUGUCCCUGUGGGUUCCUGGUGGUCACUCGGUGUCCCCCGUGAUUCCCUGUCACCGAGUGUCCCCAG